AUGCUCCUUAACACCCUCCAGAGAGUCAAUGAUAUCAUCAUUGUUACGGUUAAAACUGUGCACGACCUGAGCAAAGGCCAGCUCUAUGUUGAUCUCUCGGGUUCUCCUGGUUUCUCCCUCAUUGCAUCAUCUUCCUCCGGUGAAUCUUCCUCUGAAAUGGCUUCUAAGUCUGGCGAUGAGGAAAACACUGAGGAUUUUCAGGACGAAUUCAUAGACAUCAUCUCUAAGCGCUCUAAAAAGCAAUUAAAGGAUAAGGAGAAGUCAAGAGCUAGGCGGAGAGGUUUUAGGAAAUGGUUCAAAAAACAAAAACCUAUAUUCGGAGGUCUCAUUGAGACGCAUGUACAGCCGGCUAAAGCGACGAAUAUAGUAUCUCGUACGCUUCCGGGUUGGUCUUUUGCUAAUAACUAUGAGUUCUCGGAUCUUGGAAAGAUAUGGCUCUUAUGGCACCCAUCGGUUCAUGUCUCUGUCAUCUCGAAAUCCCUUCAAGUUGUUACUUCUCGGGUUAAGCUACCUUCGUUCAACUCUGAGUUUAUUGUCUCUGUUGUCUACGGUUCUAACUGUGCUAUUGAAAGGCGUCAGUUAUGGUUGGAACUAGAAGCAACAGCAAAUAAUCCUACUAUUGCGAGUUCUCCUUGGCUCAUCCUAGGUGAUUUCAAUGAAAUCAUCGCUACUUCGGAGCAUACAAAUGAAGCGAAUAUAGCCACAACUAGAGGAAUGCGUGAAUUUAGGGAAUGUCUCCUCCGCUGUGAUCUUUCAGAUCUGGCCUACCGUGGAAAUUCUUAUACCUGGACGAACAGGCAUGUCUCUAAGAAGCUAGACAGGAUUCUGGUCAACGACAUAUGGCUUCAAACCUUCCCCGACUCCCUAGCGGUCUUUGGUAAACUCGGUAUCUCUGAUCACACUCCCUCGUGUCUUUUCUUGGAUCAGUUUAGGCCCAAACAGAAACGCCCAUUUAAAUUCUUUGCGCACCUGAACCAGCACCCGGAAUUUCCAGAUAUCAUAAGGGGUUGUUGGCAUGCAUUUAAUUUUGCUGGCUCUCAUCAGUUAUCAAUCUCCAAAAAGCUUAAAGAGCUCAAGCCGAUCAUCAGAUCUUUUGCUAAAGAAAACUACUCGAACCUGGAGAAACGGGUGGUGGAGGCUUUUGAUACUCUCACUCUAUGUCAGCAAUUCACCCUUUCAUCCCCCUCUCCUUCUGCUGCUAUAGCAGAAGAGGAAGCUCACCGUAAAUGGCUGGAGUUAGCUCAAGCGGAAGACUCUUUUCUCAGGCAGCGCUCGAGAAUUCAAUGGACGUCAUUUGGAGAUGCAAGCACUGCUUUUUACCAUAGGUCUAUACGGACUAGAAGGGACCAGAACCAAAUCGGGCAUUUUCUCUAG